CAAUUUGUAUGAGAGAGAACAGAAUAGACUUCAUCAUCGUCUUCUCCGAUUCUUGCCGAAGAGAGAGAGGGAGAGAGCGCGCGCGAGAAAGAGCGAGAGCGGGAGCAAGGAAUGGGAAGAAGGAGAAGGGAGAGCUAGAGAAAAAGAGUUUUCUCAUUGUUGCGUUAGUGAGGACGUGUUUUGGAGUUGGAUCUCUCGUUACUGGAAGCUGCUGUCUCGAUCCUUGACCGGGUUUUUGUUUCUGGAGAUUCAGAGAGCGGAGAAUGAGCGUCGACAGCCCUGGGGACGUGGACAAUUAAAGGUUCUGUUACGGUGGGUCUUAGUCGGGCCCUCGACUAGGGUUCCGGUUGGAGUUCCAUGGGCGAUGGAGGAGUCUCUGUUGCGACCUCACAGCUUGUAUUGGAGAGAUUUCCGGCUUCGGAGGUAUUGUGUGGCAGUAGUAACGGAGCUUUUCUAGCUAAUUCUUUCAAGCAGGAGAAUACUAUGAAGGUAUCCGAGAAAGAGGAGGAGCUAUUCAGGAGAGCAGAGCUAGGUUCAGAUAAAGUUGGCAAAUUGAGCGAGUGGUCAAAAGAGAGCGAGCAACAGAAGGGUGAGUUGGUUCCGGAGAGACACCGGAAAGGGAGUUCCGAGAAGGAAUCAUCAAGAAAUGUUGAAUUGGAGAACGAUGAAUCUUUCUUGGAGAUGAUGAAGAAAGGGGCAUUGGAUAAGGAGGGGAUUUUUCAAGAGAAGUCACGGAAUGGUGACGUGGAACUGGGAGAAUUCAUUCCUGAUAGAGGGCAGACGGGAGAAUGCCUCACUGAGAGGUCAAGCAGACUGCACCUAGAGAAGGGCGAGUUAACUGUGGACAGAUGGAAGAAAAGUGGGGAGAGGUCAGAUUCUGGUUCAGGCAGAUGUUGGAAAGGAGAACUGGAAAAAGGAGAGUUUACUUCUUCAAAAUGGCGAAAGGUUGACAGAGAACGAUCCCCAGAAAAUGGCUACAGGAAAAAAGACGCUGGGCAUUAUGAUGUCCAAAGGAAAAGAGAUUCUUUGGAUGGGGUUGGAUGUCCUCAUGAGAGGGAUUCCAAGAAGAGCUUUCGAGCUGCUGAAAAUGAAUCGGGGCAGCAUAAAGUUGAACUCUGCAAUGGGAAGAAUCGUGAUAAGAAGCGCCAUUCAGAUAACUGGUUAAAACGUCAUUGCAAGGAAUCUGAAAGUUGUGGUAGUCGCAAGUACCAUGAAGAAUCAAAUGGUCAUUCACGUUCCAAGACCCAAAGAAAGUCAGAGGAGACUAACAGAUUUUCAUUUUCUGAGAGAAUCCAUGGAAAUGCAUCAUCUUCUUCCUCAAGAGUUGCAUCUUCUGGCAGGCUUUCUUCUAGACUUCACAACUCAUCUGUGUCAUCCAGGUCAUGCCAUCGUAGGCAAGGGCGCAGCCCUGGACAUACUGCUAGGUCCCAAGUUGACCACAGGGACAGGACUCCAGUUCGCAGUCGAUCUAGAGAAAAAGGUACUCACCAUUAUCACAAAGAACAAACCCCCACUCAUACAGACAGGUCUCCACAUGAGCGAGCCAGGCACCGUGAUCACAGGGAUCGUGCUCCAGGCUCAGAGCGAUCUCCUCGUGAUCGUAGAAGGGCAGCAGACCAUCGAGAACUAGGCAAAAAGGGGGAAAGUGAUAAACAGCUAAGCAGUAGGCACCAAGAGACGGUGGAAUGGAGAGAUAGCUGUGGGAAAGAUAUGCGCAGGGGUAGCUCAAUUAGGAAGUCAAAUGAAAGCGGUUAUGCUUCUGAUAGAAGUGCCAAUGAUAGUUCUAGCAAGAAAAAAAUGUUUUUGGAUACUGAAAGGGAGCCCCUUGAUCUUCCUCCACCCCCUCCCUUACCACCACCACCUCCUCCUCCUGUAAUGCCUCCUCCCCUUCCUCCUCCUCCUGAGAUUAAUGGUUAUUCUGAAGCGUUAUCAUCUAUGGAAGAAGAUAUGGACAUUUGUGAUACUCCGCCCCAUGCUACUUCAAUACCUGCUACAUGUGCUGGAAAGUGGUUUUAUCUGGAUCAUUUUGGUAUAGAGCAGGGUCCAUCUAGAUUAGCUGAUCUGAAGCAGCUCGUUGAAGAAGGGAUUCUCCUUUCGGAUCAUUUAAUAAAGCACUCUGAGAGUGAUCGUUGGGUUACAGUUGAAAAUGCCUCUUCCCCAUUGGUUCCUUUGUACUUACCUUCAAUUGUUUCAGAUACUGUAACUCGGAUGGUAAGCCCCCCUGAAGCUCCUGGUAAUUUGCUAAUGGAUGCUGGAGAGUCAAGUGGGGAACCUUUGGAUCCUACAACUCUGCAAAAGCCUCAGCUGAAUGAUAAUUUUAUGUCAGAGACGACGGAGGAUCUUCAUAUUGAUGAUAGAGUGGAAGCUCUAUUUAAGGGGUGCAGUGUUAUUGAUGGAAAGGAAUUAGAGACAAUUGGAGGGGCUCUGAAUGCGAAUUUUCAGUAUGUAGAAUGGGAGAAUUGGAGUCAGUCUGAAGGUUUCACAAGAUUCCAGGUUCGUAGUCAUGAACUAAUUUCACAUCAACCGGAUGAAGGAAUAGGUAGAAAUAAUGAGCGGUUAUCAAGGGAAACUGCUGAAACCAGAUCAGGUGCGUUGUUUGAGAAGCAGUCCUAUCUCAAUGGUUGUUCUGAUGAUUGGUUUGCUGGUAGAUGGUCUUGCAAAGGUGGUGACUGGAAGAGAAAUGAUGAAGCUGGUUCCAAAAAGAAGCUUGUCCUUAAUCAUGGCUACCCUCUAUGCGAGAUGCCAAAAUGUGGCCAUGAGGACCCCCGAUGGUAUAGACGUGAUGAUCUUUACUACCCCUCACGGAUCCAGAAGCUUGAUUUACCAACUUGGGCUUUUUCAUUCUCAGAAGAUAAUAGUGAUGGAAUUAACGAUGCAAAAAGUAUGUCAAUCAGAUCAGGGCCGGUUAAAGCUCUAGUUCCUAGGGGAGUGAAAGGAGCAAUUCAGCCCGUGGUUAGGAUAAACACACGUGUCGUGAAAGACCACGAUUCAUUUGAACCUCGUAUCAAAGCAAGAGAUAGCGAGCGGCAUACUAUUAGACCACUGUAUUCUAAUUCAGCAAGCGGUGACAGAAUCUUGUUUCAUGAAACCCCUUCCCGUUCAAGGAGGACCAGUGAAUUGGACUCACAAAGUUUGCACAAAUGUAGGACCGUUCUUAAUAUUCCUAGGGAUCAUGUUUGUACAGUUCAUGAGCUCUCUCUUAAUUUAGGUGAAUGGUACUAUUUGGAUGGUGCUGGUCAUGAGCAUGGUCCUUUUUGCUUUGAAGAAUUAAAGGAAUUAAUCUCCAAAGGUAAAAUUUUAGAGAAUACUAGUGUGUUCAGGAAGCUUGACAAUACGUGGGUUCCAAUGAGUAGGAAUGUAGUGGAUUUCCAUGCUACUGAUUCUGGAGUGGAAGUAAAUGUGGCAACUGAGGAUACCAAUAGUGAUAUUCAGAAUACUGUUGAUUCAUUUCACCGCUCACAUCCACAGUUCAUAGGCUAUAUGCGUGGUAAGCUUCAUGAACUCGUCAUGAAAUCUUACAAGAACAGAGAGUUUGCUGCUGCUAUAAAUGAGGUUUUGGAUCCUUGGAUUAGUGCGAAGCAACCAAAGAAGGAAUUAGAUAGGCACUUUCCUUUUAAUUCGUCCAUUAGCAAAAAUUCUGCUAUUUUGGUUCACGACCUUUCGUCAGAUAAGCUCUGGAAAUCAGAGGAUCGCCCCGUAAAAAGAGUCCGGUUCCGUGUAGAUGAUUGCGAUGAAUUCUCUGAAACAGAAGACGAUCAAAUUGACCAGAAGAACGAAAGUUCUUUUGAAGAGUUGUGUGGUGCAGCUGUAUUUGCUGAAGAUAGCAGUAAAAAUUCAACUAAGGAUGAUGAAAGCUGGGGUUUACUUAAUGGUCAGAUAUUGGCUAGGGUUUUCCAUUUCUUAAGGUCUGACAUGAACGCCCUUGCUUCUUCUGCUGCUACCUGUAAACGCUGGAAUGCAGCAGUAAAGUUCUACAAGCAUAUCUGCAGACAUGUUGAUGUUUCAGCGUUUGGUGCAAGUUGUUCAGAUUCUAUGUUUCGAAGUAUUAUGAAUGGUUAUGAGAAGAAAAACUUGACAUCUGUUGUUUUGACGGGUUGCUCGAAUAUUAGUCCUGGCUUACUUGAGGAAGUCCUGCAGCUGUUUCCCUGCGUUUCUUCUGUUUUCAGUGAAAGAUGCAAUCAAUUCAAUGAGCUGAAAACUAAGUUUCAGAAUAUAAAUUGGUUACCCAAGAACCAUGAGGAUUCUCAUUCAAAGAUGAAAAGCCUUAAACAGAUAACUGACAGGAAUUAUUUUGUUUCUAAAGAAUAUAGAGGAUUAAGAAGUUAUUUGGAUGAUUCUUUUGAGUCAGGGGAUUUUAGCAGUUUUGACUCCGCAAUGGCGGACAUAAAGGAGUCUUCUGGUCAUGUGUUUCGACCUGGUUUUUAUAAGAGAGCUAAGCUUUUUGAUGGUCGGAAGUCCUCGUCAAUUGUGCCUAGAGAUGCACAAAUGAGGCACUGGAUGCGUAGGAAAACACAGACUGGAUACAGGAAAUUAGAAGAAUACGCAAAGUUCAGUUUAAAGAACAUUAUGAAAGGAAAUUCUUCUGAAUUUUUCAUGCCAAAAGUUGCUGAAAUUGAGGAUAGGAUGAGAAGGGGCUACUAUGUCCGUCAUGGUUUGAGUUCUCUGAAAGAUGACAUUAGCCGUAUAUGCCGAGAUGCUUUAAAAGCGAAAAAUCGUGGAGAUAGUAAAGAAAUGAAGCAUAUUAUCUUGUUACUAAUCCAAUUGGCAAGAAGUUUGGAGCACAACCCAAGAUUGAAUAAUGAAAGAGAUGAAUCUGGAAAGAUAUUAAAAGAUGAUUCAGAAGCAGGAUUGUAUUUGUUAGCGUCUAAACAUAGAAAGUUUCAAAAUAAAGUAAUCAGUGAAAGGAAAUUUACCUCUAAGAGCAAUAGCCUUGUCUAUGCCAAUGAAGGAAUAGAUUCCGGACAAUUUGAUCGUGAAAUCAAAAGGAGCCUUUCUAAACUGAAGAAAAAAAAUAUGAAUUCUGACAGUGAAACAUCUGAUGAUCAAGAAAAUGAUUUUUCUGAAAAUGAUGAUGGAGGUGAAGACGAGAGCACUGCUUCGGAUACUGAAAGUGAUUUGGAUUUGAAUGCUUCUGUUGGAACUGUUGCUGUUAAAGGGAAUGAGUAUUUUAUGAUGGAAGAGACUUUUGAUACAAUUAUUGAUGAUCGUGAAUGGGGCGCUCGUAUGACUAAGGCAAGUCUAGUUCCUCCGGUCACAAGGAAGUAUGAAGUUAUUGACAAAUAUCUUGUUAUAGCAGAUGAAGAAGAAGUGAAGAGGAAAAUGCGGGUCACUUUACCUGAUGGCUAUUUUGAAAAACUGCUUGCUCAAAAAAAUGGUAUCGAGGAACCAGAUUUGGAAAUCCCUGAGGUAAAAGAAUACAAACCCAGAAAACUACUUGGGGCUGAAGUCUUGGAGCAAGAAGUGUAUGGCAUUGAUCCAUAUACAUAUAACCUUCUACUAGACUCCAUACCUGAUGAGCCUGAUUGGCCAUUGGCUGAUAAACAUGGAUUCAUUGAAGAGGUACUUCUACGUGCUUUGAACAAGCAAGUCAGGCACUUCACUGGAUCUGGAAAUACACCUAUGAUCUAUCCUCUUAAGCCUGUUGUUGAAGAAAUCCAGACCGCGGCAGAGGAGGAAGGUGAUAAAAGAGUGAUGAAACUGUGCAAUGCCAUCUUAAAGGCCAUUCAUAGCCGCCCUGUUGAUAACUAUGUUGCUUAUAGAAAGGGCCUUGGUGUGGUUUGCAACAAAGAGGAAGGAUUCAGUGAAGAUGAUUUUGUUGUGGAGUUCUUGGGCGAGGUGUAUCCAUCUUGGAAAUGGUUUGAAAAGCAGGAUGGAAUUAGGUCUUUGCAAAAGAACAAUCAAGAACCAGCGCCUGAGUUUUAUAACAUUUAUUUGGAGAGGCCAAAGGGUGACCGUGAUGGAUAUGACUUGGUUGUUGUUGAUGCCAUGCAUAAAGCAAACUAUGCCAGUCGAAUAUGUCACUCUUGCCGUCCAAAUUGUGAAGCGAAAGUUACUGCUGUUGAUGGUCAGUACCAGAUUGGAAUCUAUUCUUUGCGGCCAAUUGCUUAUGGCGAGGAGAUUACUUUUGAUUACAACUCCAUAACAGAGAGCAAGGAAGAAUAUGAAGCAUCAGUUUGUCUGUGUGGCAACCAUGUUUGCAGAGGCAGCUAUCUGAAUCUGGCAGGUGAAGGGGCAUUUCAGAAGGUAUUAAUGGCUUGCCAUGGUGUGCUAGACCGGCACAAACUUAUUUUGGAGGCUUGUGAGGCCAACUCUUUGUCUCAAGAAGACUAUAUUGAACUGGGAAGAGCUGGUGUAGGAACUUGUUUGCUUGAGGGGCUACCUGAUUGGCUUGUUGCUUAUUCGGCUCGUUUGCUGAGGUUUAUAAACUUUGAAAGUGCUGAGAUUCUCAAGCACAAUGUUGAAGAGAAGAAAAAGUUCUUUGCUGAGAUCUGUCUUGAGGUUGAAAGAAAUGAUGCUUUGGUCCAGGCUGAAGGUGUUUAUAAUGCAAGGCUACAAAAUAUGGCGAUUACAUUAGACAAGUUAAGAUAUGUAAUGAGAUGCUCAUUUGGUGACCCUAGAAAGGCCCCACCUCCCGUGAAGAAGCUCGAACCUGAAGCUUUAGUCUCUAUCCUGUGGAAAGGGGAGGGUUCUCUGGUCGAGGAGCUACUCCAGUCCAUGACUCCUCAUAUGGAACCAGAGCUAUUGAAUGAUUUGAAGUCCAAGCUUCAGUCACAUGAUCCAUCCGGUUCAGAUAACCUUCAGCGAGAACUCCGCAAGUCGUUGCUAUGGUUAAGGGAUGAGUUGAGGAACCUUCCAUGCACGCCUAAGUGUCGGCAUGAUGCUGCUGCGGACCUAAUUCACAUGUACGCUUAUACAAAGUGUUUUUUCAAAGUCAGGGAAUAUAAUUCUGUGACCUCGUCUCCAGUUUACAUCAGCCCUCUUGAUCUCGGUCCCAAGUAUGCGAACAAGAUGGGCUCUGGUUUUCAAGAGUAUUGCAAGACAUAUGGUGAGAAUUAUUGUUUAGGUCAGCUAAUCUAUUGGCAUAGUUCAAACAAUGCGGAGCCUGACUGUAGAUUGGCAAGAGCUAGGAGGGGUUGCUUGUCUCUACCUGAUAUUUCAUCCUUCUAUGGGAAAUCUCAUAAGCCUGUUCAUGAACGUGUCUACGACUCGAGGACAGUGAGGUUUAUGCUAUCCAGAAUGGAGAAGCAGCCGCAGAGACCAUGGCCGAAGGAUCGGAUAUGGGUGUUCAAGAGCAACCCAGCAUUUUUUGGGAGUCCCAUGUUGGACGCCGUGUUGAAUAAGUGCCCAUUAGAUAAAGAAAUGGUGCAGUGGUUAAAGAGUAGGCCAAACGUAUACCAAUCUACCUGAGCUUAUUGGGUUUGGGGAAGAGACACAGCACAGGGAAUUCAAUCUUACAUAUUAUAUAUUUACUUCUUUGCCUCCGCAGAGCUCGCUCCUCUUUCCACAUUUUUGGGAAUUGGUGAUUAUUUAGGAACUCUCAGUUCCUUCCCUUGUGUACAGUUUUCUCCUGUAAUUUGUAUUUCAUUAUUUAGAAUUAGUGCAGUGAUUUAAGCUUGUUUUUAGCAGGUAGAUUUGUUUAUUUCAUUUCAUUUUAUUUUUCUUUUUUUUCUUUUCUCUUUAACUUUUGCCUGGGUGGCUCGGCUCCUUUCAAAGCUUUAUCUUGGUCAAGUUGUGAGCUUGCAUCUGUACAAAUCUUUCGAUUCAUUUGAAGCUGGCUGCAGAUUUUGUUCAUUUAUCUUAUUU